CGCGUCUCCUCCCUUCUUUGUUUCCUCAAGUUUCUCCCUUUCUUUCGCACUCUCACCGACAGCCCUUAGCGAGUUAGCGGGGCUGAAAGCUUUGAAAAAGAAAAAAUCCUCCCAAAGCAAGUUUUUUUCUCUUUGAUGGAUCGAAACUCAUCAAACAUCGCUGUUCUUGACGAACCACUUACCGUGAACAUAGCAAACUUCGCUAUUCUUGAUUCUCCGGUUGCUGUGAACAAAACCAACAAAGGCAAUGUUGAGCGGGGUCGUAAUUUCGGAUGGACGAAGAAAGGGAGCGGUCCCAUGCACCUCAUUAAUAAGCUAGCUACGCAUGUACUAAAUUUUAACAAAUCAACUGAAAAGAAAAAGGUCCGUACCAAUGAGACUUCUAUGUGGGAAAGUAUUGUUUGUUCUAUCCGUCCUCUACACUUACAGAGUCAAGAAUCUCUACGUUACAGCAUCGACUGCCGUCCGCCGCGGGAAACGGUGACUUUACCAACCGUUCAGGCGUUUGGUGAAGAUAUAGACGAUUUUACGCCACCCAUGUCUCCAAGUCGAGCUUCUUCGUUCUCUGAUAAUGCCAUGAGCCAAUAUGCAUCGGCAGUUAAUCUUCAGGAGCUUGAUGAUGAGGGCAACGUAGACAAUCAAGAGUACGAAUUCUACGACGGAGAUGAAACGAUAGACGUUAAGGCAGAGUUGUUCAUCGCUCAAUUUUAUCAACAAAUGAGGCUUCAACAGGGCCAGGCUGACAAUAACUGAGGUUUGCAUGUUCCAUGCAGGGAGGGGAAAUAGAAUUGCGCGAAGACAGGUGUGUGUUUUUGUAUGGAAGUUUUUAUUUUCUGUAGUCGCUUUUGGGUUUUUAUAUAUUGUAAUAUUUAAGUUGAGAAAGAGAUUGAAGGAGGAAAAUAGUACUGUGGGAUAUGGGUUUUGUUUGAAAAUCUAUAUCUGUGUCUUUAAGUGUUUUGUCAUUCGUCUUUUAUGUUGAUUUUGUGUAUCAAAAAGAAGCGAGGAUCCAACAUCUGCAAACUUUAGUUGAAGUUUAGGUACGUUCCUGGAUCCAGAUUUUGAUGUAAUAAAUAAAAGAAACAUAUCACUUUUUUAUAUCUUUAUUGAUGUGUGUAUUAUUUUGUCAAA